AUGAGUACCGGAGCGGGCAUCGACUACAGCGUCUGGGAUCACAUCUAUGUGUCGGACGAUGAAGAUGUGACCAGUCCGUUUGUGGACACUCCGAGCCUGUUCAGGAUGAGACACCGGUCCCGGCUGGAAAGGAUGAUCGAUUUUCAGCAGAGAGGGGAAGAGCUGGAGGAUCAUUUUGCAGAAUGCAAGAGGUUUCUAGAGGAAGCUCAGGGACGGCUCAGAGAGCUGGAAGAAGGAAGGAAGGAGGGAGAGGAGGACGAGGAGAAAGAGGCUGAGCUAGAGAAAAUUCAAGCCGAGGUGAGAAAACUGAAGAAGGAUAAAAAGUCGUUUGAGAAAAUGAUAGAGGAAUAUCGUCGAGAAGAAAAGAACCUGCCGUGGAACGUUGACACAAUCAGCAAAGAGGGUUUCAGCAAGAGUGUUCUCAACGUUAAGCCUGUCACAAAGGAGGACACACGGGAGGAAAAGGUGGAGAAGCAUAAGGCCUUUGUGGAAAAAUAUGCAAAGGAAAUCAGACACUUUGGUAUGAUGCGGCGUUGGGACGACAGUCAGAAGUAUCUGUCAGACAACCCUCAUCUGGUGUGUGAUGAGACGGCUAAUUGUCUUGUUGUCAUCUGUAUUGACUUUGAGAUAGAUGAGAAACAUGGACUGAUGGAGCAGGUCGCCCACCAGGCCAUCGUCAUGCAGUCCAUCUUAGAUUUGGCUCGAACGCUGAAGGUUGACCCACGAGGCUGCUUCAGACAAUUCUUCUCCAAGAUCAAGACUGCAGACAAGUCAUACCAAGACGCGUUCGACCGUGAGCUGGAGCUGCUGAAGGAGCGUAUCCGUACCUGUGCACAGCUUCGGAUGGAGAAUGCUAUGAAGGAGCUGGAGGAGGAGGAAAAGCAGAAGAGGCUGGGUCCGGGUGGUUUAGACCCUGUAGAGGUCUACGAAUCACUGCCAAAGGAAAUGCAGAGAAGCUUUGAUGAGAAGAACAUUCAGAUGCUGCAUGACAUCAUUAACAAAAUGGACAUUGAGGAGGGAAAGUACCACUUGAAGAGGUGUAUUGACUCUGGACUUUGGGUCCCUGACUCAGGAGAGGGUGAUGAUGAAGAGGAAAAUUAUGAAGAGGAUGAGGAAGAAGAUUAAACAGAGAAGGAGGAACCUGCUGUAAAUGAAUGGCUCCCUUUUGUUCCACCUUGGUCAACAGCGCCAUCUCAUGUCUGUUUGUGGGUAUAGUUGUGUUGAGCAGAGACAAAAAUUUGAACCACCCCUGAACACAGAUCUGUGCAAUGGACUCAUUUUGGACACAAAUUAAAGUCGUGGCUGCUAAAUAACAAACACUUUAAAAUACAAUACAUAAUUAUUCUACAUUGAAUAGGAAUUUAGUUAACUUUUAAAAAGUUUUUUUUCUUGUUGA